CGUAAGGUAUGGCACGGGCGCGUUUUUUCGCCGCCACCUAUGCUGGCUUUGUGGUCUAUAAAAGUCUUUCUCACGUCUUGCUCCCAAAAUCCCAAUAAAGUCCCAAUUCGAUCUUGGGAGAUAGAGUUGGAAAGAACUCUGCCUGUGAGUUCGUUUCUCAUUCCCAUGGCGAUUUCUAGGGUUUCGAUCUGCGCCGCCUUUUUGGCGUUCCUUGUGUUCUCGACUUUCGCGCCGGCGCGAUCGGAGGAGGCCGGCGCUGAAGCCGUGGAGGAGUCGGCGGUGCUCACCCUUGAUGCCUCCAACUUCUCGGAGACCGUCGCCAAAUACCGCUUCGUCGUUGUCGAGUUCUACGCCCCAUGGUGUGGACAUUGCAAAAGACUUGCUCCAGAGUAUGAGAAAGCUGCAUCAAUACUGAGUAAGCAUGACCCUCCUGUUGUUCUUGCUAAAGUUGAUGCCAAUGAUGAGAAGAACAAAGAGCUCGCUUCUAAGUAUGAGGUGUCGGGCUAUCCCACGCUUAAGAUUCUAAGGAAUCAAGGAAAUAACAUCCAAGAAUACAAAGGUCCAAGGGAGGCUGAAGGUAUUGUUGAAUAUCUGAAGAAACAAGUUGGCCCUGCUUCAGCUGAGAUAAAAUCAUCAGAGGAUGCUGUCACUCUCAUUGAGGACAAGAAAAUUGUUGUUGUGGGGGUGUUCCCUGAUUAUUCUCAAGAGGAGUUUAAAAAUUUUAUGAUAGUAGCCGAGAAACUACGAUCAGACUAUGAUUUUGGUCAUACUUUGGAUGCUAAGCUGCUUCCGCGUGGAGAUUUGACAGUCAGUGGACCUAUAGUUAGGCUGUUCAAGCCAUUUGAUGAACUUUUUGUUGAUUCCCAGGAUUUUCAUGUGGAUGCUUUAGAGAAUUUCAUUGAAGUUGCUGGUGUGCCUAAGGUUGUCACUUUUGAUAAUGAUCCAAGCAACCAUCCACUUCUCAUUAAAUUCUUCAACAAUCCUAAUCCCAAAGCUAUGUUCUUUUUGAAUUUCAGCAGUGAGUAUUUUGAUUCUUUUAAGUCCAAGUACUAUGAAGUUGCUGAGCUCUACAAAGGAAAGGGCAUAAGCUUUCUGAUUGGUGAUCUUGAUGCCAGCCAAUCUGCUUUCCAGUUCUUUGGCCUCAAAGAAGAACAAGCACCCCUUGUCAUCAUACAAGAGAAUGAUGGCCAGAAAUACCUCAAACCAAAUGUAGAAGCUGAUCAAAUUGCAACAUGGGUGAAGGAUUACCUGGAUGGCAGCUUGUCACCAUUUAAAAAGUCAGAGCCAAUUCCUGAGGUCAAUGAUGAACCUGUAAAGGUGGUUGUGGCUGACAGCCUUCAUGAUGUGGUUUUCAAGUCUGGGAAAAAUGUUCUGCUUGAAUUUUAUGCACCUUGGUGUGGACAUUGCAAGAAACUAGCACCUAUUUUAGAAGAAGUUGCUGUCUCAUUCCAAAGUGACGAUGAUGUUGUUAUUGCAAAGAUGGAUGCUACUGCAAAUGAUGUCCCGAAGGAGUUCAGUGUCCAGGGUUAUCCAACUGUGUAUUUCUCUUUGGCAAGUGGCAAACUUGUGCCAUAUGAUGGGGACAGGACAAAAGAGGACAUCAUUGAUUUCAUACGGAAAAAUAAGGAUGCAACUACUCAGAAGGAUACAACUGUCCAAUCUGAGUCUCUAAAAGAUGAGCUGUGAUCGAGGAAUUUGACAGUCACCUGUGGACGGAAGAGAACAUGCAUGCCCUCCGAGUGACAUAGUAGACAAACAUCAUGAAUCUUGUUAGACAACUUUUUAUCAAACCGAUUUGAGGAAGAUUUCAUCUUGUUAUUUUCAUAUUUAGGGAUCAAGUAUUGGACAUUCCAUCAAUGUUCUUCUUGUUUUAUCUUGAUGCCUGAGUUUCUCAGUCAUUUAAUAGUUGCAAGCCUUAGUUUUGUUUUUUUCA